CGCGCAGGACGUCGGGGCGGGCGGCGUUGGCGCGAGGGAGGAUGGGAGGCAAGGCUCCGGUGCCGAAGCGCAGGCCGUCCGCGGGACCUCCACGGGUCCGCCGUCCGCCGUCCGCCGUCUAUUGCUGGCCGACCCCCCCGCGCACCCCUUCCUCCUAUAAAUAGCCCGAGGGGGGGGGGACAAAGCUCGCUAUGUGCGCCCGCGCGGAGUGGCAGCUGGUAGCAACCUCUUUGUGCCGGCACGCGAGAGCGCGGGCUAAACAUAGCUCACGCCGCCCAAAGAGCCCGCGGCGGCGAACAAUGCUUUUCACAAGCAGUCCUUGUCCCUUUGUGACUUGCGCGACCCCUGCCCCGCCCCCUUCUUCUUCUGUAUCAGCGAAGCUGGCCUCCAGCCAGUCCGCAGAGAGACGACUCCCCCGCGCGUGCCGAGGAAGCGAGUAUGCCCGCGAGGGAUCACCAAGACAUGUCACGAAGGAAACGAGCGAGGUGGAAAAGGAAUCGAAAAUGUCUCAUUUCAGAAUAAUAUGUACAAGUAGAAUAGCCAGCCCGCCGCGCCGAUGCCAAUGCUGGUGGAGGGGAAAUCCCGUUUCCCGCCUUGUCUUGUCUUGUCGUCGUCAUUCAGCCCGCGAUGAUGAUGGUGGUGGUGGUGGUGGAUGCCAUAAUGAGAGAGAAGAGGUGAAGGAAGAGGAAAAAAAAAGCGAGAAACCUCUCGGAAGCGUGGUAUUGGUGAGAGAGAAAGAGAGAGAGAAAGCCUCGCGUCUAUCCUGUCCUGUCCUGUCUAGUCUUAUCUAAUCAUUGCGGUUCCCCCUUUUCCGUUCCGGCUCUCAAGUAUGUGCGCGCGAGAGGUAGCAG